UGUGCAGAAUAAACCGUGCAUGCGGAAUCAAAACAAAUAACGUUUUACGGGUUUCAGUUUUCAUCAGACAAGCAUUGUAGAUAUAUUUAUGCAACGCUCAACUUUCUCCGACACCGUAGCUGCGAUUAAGUAUUUUCCCCCGUUGCUUGUAUUUUGAUCUUCCAGCCUCUCUUUGAACAAGUAUGUCACAGGAGAGUCAGCAUGGCAAGUGGACUAUAUCAGAUAGUGAAGAUGAGGACAACAUUAUUCCACCAACACCUCAAAAGGACUUAAUCAAUCCAAGCAUUAAACCUGAUUUAGAAAGCAAACCUGAUAAGAUCACCACCUUGUUCAAACAAGAACCCAAGUUGAGUCCCAAACGUAAUGAGAAAACCAAAGAAUCCUUGCCUGUGAAAGAACUGUCUGCUCCCGGCAUUGCAUCGGAAUCCAGAAAAGCUGCUCAUGUGAAACAAACAAACCCUGUGAAGUAUGAAAGCAACCCUUCACCUGCUGUAAAGAGAAAAAGAGAAAAAGAGGAGGGAGGCUGGAACUUAUCUAGCAGCGAUGAUGAGGCUCCAGCAUCUGUCCCAAAAAAGGAACCCAAGAAGACGAAUAGAAGUCCUAAGAGGAAGAAGGCUGAAGACAAACGUCCACCAAGCCCACACGGCACUAGUUAUUAUAAGGAAGAGCCUGCUGAUUUCUUUGAGACCAACUUAUUAUCUAAGAAUGACAUGUACAGAUUUUAUUUAAACAAAGUCACUGGGAUACAGAAGAAGUACAACACUGGAGCUCUGCAUAUUAAAGAAAUACUUUCUCCAAUGUUUGGGACACUGAAAGAGUCUGUGCAGUUCAAUUACUGCUUUGACAUUCCAUGGAUGGUGGAGCAGUAUUCGCCAGAAUUUAGGGACAAGCCGGUUAUCAUUGUUCAUGGAGAAAAGCGAGAGUCCAAGGCUCGGUUAAUCGAGCAAGCCAAACCAUAUCCACACAUUCGUUUCUGCCAGGCCAAACUGGAAAUUGCAUUUGGCACACAUCAUACGAAAAUGAUGCUGCUAUGGUACGAGGAGGGAUUCAGGGUCAUCAUUCUCACCUCAAACCUCAUCAGAGCCGACUGGUACCAGAAGACACAGGGGAUGUGGAUGAGUCCUCUGUACCCCAGGCUUCCGGAGGGAAGUCCAGUAACAGCAGGGGAGUCUCCCACCAACUUCAAGAGGGACCUGCUGGUAUACCUGGAAACAUACCGGGCUCCAGAGCUUGCCGAAUGGCUUGAUCGCAUCAAACAGCAUGAUCUGUCGGAAACAAUGGUGUAUCUCAUUGGAUCUACUCCAGGAAGAUAUCAAGGACCUGCUAUGGAGAAGUGGGGCCAUCUAAGAUUACGAAAGUUGCUCAGCGAGCACACAUGGCCCUUGCAGAAUGAAGAGCAGUGGCCCGUGAUUGGUCAGUUCUCUAGUAUUGGCUCUAUGGGUCUUGAUAAGACUAAAUGGUUGGCAGCUGAGUUCCAGCAGACUCUCACUACAUUGGGGAAGUCAGGGAAAUCAUUUGCCAGGACAGAAACAAAGAUGCUUCUGGUUUAUCCAUCUGUGGAAGAUGUGAGAACAAGUUUGGAGGGUUUUCCAGCUGGGGGAUCUUUACCUUACAGCAUACAGACAGCUCAAAAACAACUCUGGCUUCACUCAUACUUCCACGGCUGGCAUGCGGAUGUGUCUGGUAGGAGCAACGCCAUGCCCCACAUUAAAACCUAUAUGAGGGUUUCGCCAGACUACACGCAGCUGGCCUGGUUCCUCGUCACAAGUGCCAAUUUGUCCAAAGCUGCCUGGGGUGCCCUGGAGAAGAACAACACUCAGAUCAUGGUGCGCUCAUAUGAGCUGGGAGUUCUUUACCUGCCUUCAGCCUUUAAUAUGACCACAUUUCCUGUUGAGAAGGUAUUUCCCGCCUCCAGCUCUUCCGUGGGCUUCCCUGUGCCCUUUGACCUUCCACCUCAGCAUUACUCCAACAUAGAUCAACCAUGGAUCUGGAAUAUUCCUUACACUCAAGCCCCAGACACUCAUGGAAAUGUAUGGGUACCAUCUUAACAAUUGAAGACCCUCGGAUUGUCUCCAUUAGGUUGAAUGAACAUGGAGCUCAGGCCAUUAGCAUUCCUGAGUCUAUUUUCAAUUCAAGAUGCCGGUUCAUCUAUCCCUUAGGAGAAAUUACAUCUUUUGGAACCUGACAUAUUUACAAGUUCUUUGGUAGCAUAGCGGGUGUGUCAUUUGUCAAUGUGCACUCUUUAUACUGUUAUUUAGUCCUGUUUUGUUGUUGUAGACACUAUAGAGAUAAUUAGCCUUUAAUAAUACAUGUUUUUGUAAAUCACCCAAAAAGACAUUUUACAGCUAGAGAAACCAUGAACUAUGUAAUAAAUGUAUUUUUCAUUAACAGAGUCAUCGUAUGUGUUUUUACAAGAACUUGUGUAGGCAGUAUGGUGCCUUAAACCCAGCACUCUAUUAAAAAUCUCAACUGAACGAUGUUUUCAGUGAAAUGACCACUAACAAUGGCGUCGCCAAAUCACGUUCCAAGCUCAAAAGCAGGUAACAUACCAUUCUGAAAUCCAUGUUCAAUGUGUUUGUGAGAUUUGUUGUAUAACCAAUAUAGCCCUGAUAAAAAGAACUAAAUUAA